AUGAGAGGGUUUUCUCUGUGUCGAUUCUUCCUUCUUCUUCUUCUUCGCAUCCUCCGUCUCUUCUACACUUCCACGUGUCUCUCUCACGCGAUGGUUAGAUAUUGGAGACACAGUGCUUACCAAGUUUCUCCUGAAUUCUCCUACAUAUUCUACACAAUGUUUCAAUACAUACAAUUCUACAGAAUCAAAAAAGAAAAUUUAGUUUCCCUUAACAAAGGCGACUCCCUUGGCGAUAUUCUUGUUGAGUUCUGGAACGGAGGCAUCGAUAAGCUUCUGCUCGAAUGCAGAAACUUUUCCAACUCCGAGAAUCUUCUCAACUCCAUUUGGUCCCAAUUCGACUGGGGUCGAGAAAUAUUCGACUCCCUUAACAGCAUCAGAAGCGACGUAUGCGCAUUGAACAUUCUUUUGUCCCUUGAUUCCACGAACGAGGGCAUUCGCGAAACGAGCUCCAGCCAAAGCCAUCGAAAGAGUGGCCGAUCCGGCUCCAGCCUUUGCGUUGACGACUUCAGUUCCAGCGUCUUGGAUUCUUGGUGUCAGUUUGGCGAUCUCUUCCUCAGAGAAUUUGGUGGAUGGGGUGACUUGGGAGAGGAGUGGGAUGAUGGUGAUUCCUGCAUGUCCUCCGACGACUGGGACGACGGUCUUGGAGGCGUCGUGUCCCUGGAAACAAAGAAAUAUGCAAUUGGGACAGUUGAGUUAACUGGGUUGGUGAUGAUGGCGAUGAGAGCUUUUGGGGAGGCCUUGGCGAUGACGGCGGCCAAAUCACGGACGAUUCCGGCGUUCGUGUUGAACAAAUCGUCACGGGUCAUUCCUGGCUUACGUGGAACUCCAGCUGGGAUGACGAUGACGUCGGCGUUCUCAACAGCAGCGUACAAUUCCUUUGGGCCGGUGUGA